AUGGUCUAUAAACACUAUGAAACUAAUCAUACUCCAUUGGCACAAGCUAAAUUCCGUCCAUAUGGAGACAAUGCACACACCAACACUCAAGAAUUGGAAAAGUAUCAAGUUUUACGUUCCUAUUCACCAGUUGACUUGACUGAUAAGUUGGCUCUAGGUAUUAUGAAGUUUUUAAGAGUUUUCGUUCAUGGAUUCUUUGGAAAUCGUUAUCUUCACCAUGCUGUUGUAUUAGAAACAGUUGCUGCUGUUCCGGGUAUAGUUGCAGGAGGUUGGAGACAUUUCAACUCAUUGAGAUUAAUGAGAAGAGAUCAUGGACAUAUUGGAGAACUGAUGGAAGAAGCUGAAAAUGAAAGAAUGCACUUGUUGACAUGGAUGGAAAUGACAAAGCCAACCUUUUUGGAAAGAAUGUUGGUUGUUGGUGCUCAAGUUGGUUUUACUUCCUUCUAUACGAUGGCUUACUUGUUGAAUCCAAGAUUUUGCCAUCGUCUUGUUGGUUAUUUGGAGGAAGAAGCUGUUGCUGCCUAUUCUGAAUUCUUAGAAGCUAUUGAUAAGGGUGAUAUUCCAAAUUGUAAAGCUCCAGAGAUUGCAAUCAAGUAUUGGAAUCUUAAACCAGAAUCAACUAUGAGAGACGUAGUGGUAGUAGUACGUGCCGAUGAAUGUAUGCACAGAGAUUACAAUCACGACAUGUCUGAUAAGCAUAGGUCUGGCUUGAUUGAAUUGCGUUAA